AUUACUAGCUUGACAGAUACUGAGGAAACCAUGAGUAUAGCCCCCAGACACCCUUUUAGCUAAGAAAUGAAGUCAUUCCAGAGGUUCACCCUUCAGCCAAAGACUAGGCAGGCCCAGAAAAUAGGUAUGGGCCUGCAGCUGGAAUUCUGUGACUAAAGGGGCAUACCAGCACAGGGUCAAGAACUAGAAGGCAGGAGGAGACAGGAAAGUGGUAAUUGGAAACCCAAGGAGGAGAAGGGAGGGUGUUGACACGUCAUUGGGUUGUUAACCAAUGUCAUAAAACAAUAUGGGUACCAACUGUUUAAUGAGAACUAGUUUGUUCUGUAAACCAUCUAAAGUGCAAUAAAAGAAAAGAAAGAAAGGAAAAAUCAAACACAAAAAAAGAAAAAUUUUAGAAAUAAUUUGAAACCCUGGAUGAACAGUUGUUCUUCUAUUGGCACUUUAUUUUGCCCUGGAAGUCAAUUAGGCCAUAUCAUCCUAAUCCAAUCAGGAACUAAUUACAAAAGAUGGUCUAAUUUCAGUUCAUCAUAACUCCUAUAGUCCAUGAAAGCCCCAAUUGAUAUUUCCAAGAUUAUCUCAUCCUUGAUGGACUCUGAACUUCAUUUUGUGUGCUUAUCCAAACUCAUGAGACUCACAGAAAGAUAUCACACCUUUCAGAUGAAAAAUAGUUAAUACCUCAAUGGGAAAUAUGUUGUCAAAUAUCCAUCUUACCCUUCUAUGGAUCUUUAUCCCACAAGUCCUUACUGCCCUAUUACCAUUUUGGUAUUUUCCAAGGGAUAAUUUUUUUGUUUAUUUACUUGUUUAUUUUGUUGUUUUUUAGCCUUUCUAGUUUUCUAUUUGAAGGUGAGAUAGCAUACUUUACCAGAGAAAUUUUCACAGUACUUAAAAAUAUUACAGAGAAAAUGUGAAAAAAAUUUUAUAAGCUAUAGAUGUAAUAGACAAAACCUGAUGUGAGUUUUUGAGAAUAAAAAAAAGGAAUAAAACCUCAAAGCUCUUUUCAGUGGAGUCCAUUUUAAAGUAAGGCUUAUAUAGAUCACUGAAAACCAUAAUGAAUAAGAGGAAGGGGUCAUUUAGUAUUUGUUGUUCUACUUUCUGAUUUUUUCUUUACAUGCAGAUUGACUAAAGAUCAAAGGUAGUAAUGAGAAAUCAUACAGUAGUAACAACUUUCAUCUUGCUGGGACUUAGUGAUGACCCACAGCUGCAAGUUCUGGUUUUCAUCUUUUUAUUUCCGACCUAUAUUCUGAGUGUAAACAGAAACCUGACCAUUAUCAUUCUUACUCUCAUGGAUUCCCACCUUAAAACACCUAUGUAUUUUUUCCUUCGAAACUUCUCCUUUUUAGAAAUCUCAUUCACAACAGUCUGUAUUCCCAGAUUCCUGUACAGUAUAUCAACUAGGGAUAAUACAAUUACUUAUGAUGCUUGUGUAAGUCAAAUAUUUUUUAUUGGACUCUUUGGGGCCACAGAGUUUUUUCUCCUGGCUGCCAUGUCCUAUGACCGCUAUGUGGCCAUCUGCAAGCCCCUCCAUUAUAUGACCAUCAUGAACAGCAGAGUCUGUACCAUCCUCGUCCUCUGCUGCUGGAUCUCUGGGUUGAUGAUCAUCAUCACACAGCUUGGUAUGGGCCUGCAGCUGGAAUUCUGUGACUCCAAUGCCAUUGAUCAUUUUGGCUGUGAUGCAGCUCCUCUUUUUAAGAUUUCAUGCUCAGACACAUGGUUCAUAGAACAGGUAGUUAUAAUUUGUGCAGUGUUGACAUUCAUUAUCACACUCAUAGGCGUGGUUCUUUCUUACAUGUAUAUCAUCAAGACAAUACUAAGAUUCCCGUCUACUCAGCAAAGGAAAAAAGCUUUUUCAACGUGUUUUUCUCACAUGAUUGUUGUUUCCAUCACCUAUGGUAGCUGUAUCUUCAUCUAUAUCAAACCUUCAGCCAAAGAGGAUGUGGACAUUAAUAAAGGGGUAUCCAUGCUCACUACAUCUGUUGCUCCUUUGUUAAACCCCUUCAUUUAUACCUUGAGAAAUAAGCAGGUAAAACAAUCUUUCAAUGAUAUGAUUUAA